GAGUGGUGAAUGCGCGUCUGAUAUGACGUUUUAUCACACACACUAUCAUCUUGCGAAACAUUUGAAGCACUUUUCAAGUACGUACCACAAAAAACAUCGAAGAUCGAAAGAAAAGGAGUUUUGUAAUAAUUUAAAAAAUUGUGUAGGGUUUAAUACCUGUUAUGAAUAUGCAGGCAUAUUGUGAAAUUGAGAUUUGGUUCCUUACGUGAAGUAGGGAUUAACAACAAAGUGUUUAUUUCUUCUGAUACGGUUUAUCGCCACGGUUGGCCACUGUAAGCACUGGGGACCGGAUUGAAGUGAGCAUCGGCUUACGUUGCCCGUCGAGCAUUUGGGCGAGUGCUACAUGACGUGUCAGCGCGAAAGCACGUAAUUCUUCGUAACAGAGAUGAAGAUUCCCUUGGUGAUAAGUGUUAUUUAUUUAUGAAAAUUAUUUGUGUUGUUAAGUAGAGCAGUUUUUCAUCUCGUGGCUUGUAGUAGUUUACCCCUAUGUCAGUAUCCAAAAUGUUUUGGACAGUAUUAUGUGUUUGUGUUGUCUUUGCACUGAAGACAUCACAAGGAUUUUAUUUACCGGGCCUAGCCCCAGUGACUUACUGCAAAGUAGAAGAAUCGUUACAAUCUUGCAAGGCUGAUGUUGUUCUGUAUGUGAAUAGAUUGAACACAGAAGAGUCUGUUAUACCUUAUGAAUAUCAUCAUUUCGACUUCUGUGUCACUGAUGAAUCACAGUCACCAGUGGAGAACUUGGGGCAGGUUGUAUUUGGAGAAAGAAUCCGACCAUCACCUUACAAGAUCUCUUUCCUGAAAAAUGAGACGUGUAAAGUGGCUUGCGUUCGGAACUACACUGCUGGUGACAAAGAAUCUGAGCACAAAUUGCAGUUGUUGAAGAUGGGAAUGAGUCUUAACUAUCAGCAUCACUGGAUUAUUGAUAACAUGCCUGUUACCUGGUGCUACGCUUUGGACAAUGAUCGAAUCUACUGUAGUACUGGGUUUCCCAUGGGCUGCUAUGUACAUGAAAAACGAACAAAUUCAGACACAUGUAUAAGUGGGAGCAUGUACAAGUCCAAAACAUAUUACAUGUUCAACCAUGUGGAUCUGACUAUCACGUAUCACAGCGGAGAAGGUCAGGAUUGGGGUGUUGCAGUAGGAGAUUCUGGCGGUCGCAUUAUUUCGGCUAAAGUAAUCCCUCGCAGUAUCAAGCACAGGAGUGAGGCUUCAAGAGAUUGCAUGAAUCAAAAAGAGCCUCUGGAUAUUCCUACUCGAGAUUUAACUAAUAAUGAGAAGCUCUCUAUUGUGUACACCUAUAGUGUUACUUUUGUGAAAAAUAACACUAUUAAGUGGUCAUCGCGUUGGGACUACAUUUUGGAAUCAAUGCCACAUACGAACAUUCAAUGGUUCAGCAUCUUAAAUUCUUUGGUCAUUGUUUUGUUCUUGUCUGGAAUGGUAGCAAUGAUCAUGCUUCGCACAUUGCACAAGGAUAUUGCACGAUAUAAUCAGAUUGAUUCUGGGGAGGAUGCACAAGAAGAAUUUGGUUGGAAAUUAGUGCAUGGGGAUGUUUUCCGACCUCCUCGAAAAGGCAUGCUGUUGUCAGUUCUUCUUGGGUCAGGCACCCAAGUUUUCUUCAUGACUCUUAUUACUUUGGCUUUUGCCUGUUUGGGUUUCUUAUCGCCAGCAAAUCGGGGAGCUCUGAUGACAUGUGCCAUGGUACUUUUUGUGUGUUUGGGCACCCCUGCUGGUUAUGUCUCAGCUCGUAUAUACAAGAGCUUUGGAGGAGAGAAAUGGAAGUCCAAUGUUUUGCUGACCUCUAUGCUUAGUCCAGGAGUUGUGUUCUGUUUGUUCUUCAUCAUGAACUUGGUUCUGUGGGGCAAGGGCAGUUCAGCUGCAGUUCCGUUUAGCACACUCAUUGCUCUCCUUGCACUAUGGUUUGGUGUGUCUGUACCUCUCACUUUCAUUGGGGCAUACUUUGGCUUCAGAAAACGGCCAAUAGAACAUCCUGUGCGCACCAAUCAAAUCCCUCGUAAGAUCCCCGAGCAGAGCAUUUACACUCAGCCACUCCCUGGCAUUAUUAUGGGUGGUGUUUUACCCUUUGGCUGCAUCUUCAUUCAACUUUUCUUCAUACUAAAUUCAUUGUGGUCUAGUCAGAUGUACUACAUGUUUGGUUUCUUAUUUUUGGUAUUUAUUAUAUUGGUGAUCACGUGUUCUGAGACAACUAUUUUGCUCUGCUACUUUCAUCUAUGUGCUGAGGAUUAUCAUUGGUGGUGGCGCAGUUUUCUUACAAGUGGUUUUACUGCAUUUUACUUAUUUGUAUACUGCAACCAUUAUUUUGUGACCAAGUUGAACAUAGAAGAUGCUGCUUCCACUUUUCUUUACUUCGGAUACACCCUAAUUAUAGUGUUUCUAUUCUUCCUACUAACAGGCACUAUUGGUUUCUUCGCCUGUUUCUGGUUUGUGAGGAAGAUUUAUAGUGUGGUGAAGGUUGACUAGAAAUCUAUAAAGUGCUGAUGAGUGAUGUAAGGAUAUGUGUGAAAAAGAAAAUGUGGCAGAAAGGUGUAAUUUGAACUUUUAGUGACAGUUUUAACAUUUUUCUCUGCAUUAUGUUCAAUAAAAUCAGCUGUGUGGCUUUUGAUAAUUCAGAUGGAAGUACUUGAAGGAUUUGCAGCCUGUUUUAGCUGGUACAAAGACACAUUUUGUAUUUUUUGUGAAUUGUUUUGCAGAGAACGCUUUAUUUGUUGCAGUGCUGUCUUCAAAAUAUAAUUAUUUAGGUCAUAAGUUUCUUGUAGAUGUAAGUAAUCUUAACCACUGCAUUUCCUACACAAAAAUGUAAUUUAAUAUAAAUUAUAUUGGUUGAAUUUUUGAAUGGAUUUCACUGAUUUUGUAGAAAUGCACAGGUGGAACACAAAUCAAUGAUUUUCAUGAAAAUUAUGAUCGCUAGGAUUCACCUAAGCGAGUUGCUGGCAGCUCCUGCUGUGUCUUAUUAAUUACGCUGUGCAGGAUAUAAUUCUUGCAGAAAUAGGUACUUGUACAGCUUGACAUUGAAUGUUUGUGCCACUUGUGCACCACUUGUAACCUAUUUCUUAAUAACAAAAUGUUGGCUUUUGGAAUUUCAAAAGGAUGUGUACAAAUAAGAUUCGUAAUUGUAAUGUACUUUAGUUUGUUUUGUUUUUUGGAGAUUGCUGUUGAGCCUUAUUUAACAUGUUUUAAAGUAAAUACAAUACCUGUAUGUAACCAAUGGAAAAAAAUACCAAAGGCCAAUGUACAUUUGUAUUUUUCUUUUUCCUAUAUACAUUAUUCACAUACAAUUGAGCUGUGGUUGUAAUACAUUCAAACAAUCUUUUAUAGAUGUACUGUUAAGACAAUGUGCACAAAUUAAUAUUAAGGUGUGGAAAGUCAAUAUACAGACACAGGUAUGCCUCCAGGAAUUCUAGUGAAGUGUCAUCUUUCUUUUAACACUUGCAGCAUUGGAAAAAAGUUGAGUAAAUUCUGUUGUACCAAACUUCUUUGUGUUUGACAUUUGAACAUGUGACAACACUGACAGUAGUGACAUGCUAUACCAGUGGCUUUUCCAAGUGAUGAAGUCUUCCUUUGCUACUAACUCAAGAGUGCGAAAGUGGAGGAGGUGGUUAAGCAUAGUACUUGUGCCCUGCUUUUAUGACCCCAAAAUCAAAAUUUCACUUCAUUGAAAGUAACCGCACUGUAUGGGUAUUUGAAAUCCAGUGUUUAGUAUCAGUUAAUUGCAGUGCCUUGCUUUAAUGCCCCCCCUCCAAAAUCAAAAUUCCACUCCAUAAAAAGUAACCCUGCUGAAUAGUUAUCACUGAAGUCUAGGGUUUGCUUUAGAAUGCAUGCAGGGUUUGUAGCAAGGCUGUGCAGAAACAAGCUUCUGCUGAAGCCAACAGUCAAGCAUAAAGAAAAAAUGGUACAGUGCACAGGCAAUCAUGUAUUUCAGGAACAUUGUCUUCGAUGUGAAACUUCAUAGAUUUAAUUUCAUUUGUUUUAUGCCAAUAACUGAAACUAUGUAUUAACCUUGAUGAAUAACCACUUUAUGUAAUAGUUGAUGUCCAGUCUACCCUUCAGUUAACUGGCAAUGUAUAUGACAACUUCUUCCGGUUGAAUUAGUUCACACACGAUUUUCUGAAAUCCAGUGUGUUUACCUUCAAUUUUAAUUUUACUCAAACAGCAAAAGUCCACAACCCUCCACCUUUUUUCCUCCCAAGUCGGAAGGGGGGGGGGGGAUGCAUAAGUUGUGGGAAAUUAUUUAUGCAUGUUUACAUACAUUAUCCAUGUCCAUUGAUAAUAUUUAACCUUUAAAGAAAAAUCACUGCAAUUAUUGGAACUUAAUUCCGUUUCAAGAUUUCUCAUCUAAAUUUGAAGACUUAUUGAUACCAAUCAAUGAUUUCGGUAUCUAGAAAGAAUAUAAAAAGCUAAAUUAAAUAAUCUAAAAGAGGGGGGGAGCAUCGAUAAAGGGAAAAAUCACCAGGUUUGGCAGAAUUGCAGAUUGUGGGUUUUCACUAGCCAGGACAAUAGUGAAAUUGAAAGUAAAGUACAUACUUAAGUUACGUACUGACAGAUGCAUCAGCAAUAUAUGAAACAAUGCAACCUGGAUUUCCAUUUUGAAAAUAGGUUUUAAAGCAAAAACUGCCCAGGACAAUACUUGCCAGGGUCAUCUCUGGCAUUUGCAUAGGGGAAAAAGAGUGAAAGUUAGGAGGAAACUAAUUUUGAAAGCGAAAGGAUCACUAAAAAUUUGAGUAUAUGGGAAUAAAAGGAUUUUACUGUAUUCAUAUUAAUGCUAUAAAUUUAAUUUGUGAUGCACACAUUGUUCUCUAUGGAACAGAUGAUCAUAAGUCAUAAUGUAAACAUUGACAUCUUGCACAAGUAUUGUAUAUAUUUCACAAAACAAUUUUUCCUACAAUAAGAUGUAAUGCAGAAAAUGAUACAAAUAUUUUAUUUCUAAACUCUCCAUUACCACAAACAACUACAAUAAAUAUAUGCACAACAAUAUUCUAACACCUUGGAACUCUGAAGUAAUUUCUUCUCUGGUAAUAAACUUCCAGCGACUUCCAGCAGCAUAUUACUGCUUUAUGAAGUUGCUAUCAUACUUUACCAUAGAGGCCCUUACUACAGUGAACUAAGAUGCAGAAUUAUAUACAGGGUUUGAAGUGCAAUGCGGUGAUUUAGCAGGUUAAAAAACAUCACUUUUUAUUUCACCUCUGUUUCUGAAAAUUAAGAUGAUUAUCAAUUAUUUGGAAUAGUUCAGGUGGUUGUGGAAUUCUUCCAGUUUCCAACUUGGACCAAACUGGGACAUCAUUAAAAGAAAUUUCGAAAGCACCUGUUGAUACCAACUGGCCUUCAAUAGCAUUACACAUAAAAAAUACCAUCAUACAGGAAUAAAUUUUAUUAUUUAUGCACCAUAAAUACCAAGCAGGUUGCUCUUGACCAAUGAAGUUAAAUAAAUUGGCUCCACUGAGGAUACACACUAUGAACAGUAUUUUGGCAACACCUACGGCUUGAGCCAACAUGGCAUUGUAAUUGGGAGGAGGAUAGAGAUCGCCUUCAAUAAGGAUUUCAGGAUAUUUUUGACGUAGAAUUGUUGCAUACUGUUCAAAGAGUGCUCGAUAUCCUCAUGAGUAACAAUAUAAGAACUUCAAGGUAGGUCCUAUAUAAGAAUUAACACCCAAUCUUGUCGAUGGGAUUUCUUUGCUAUGCGAUGGAGAAUUUGCUGGGUUAACGAACAAUUCACCGACGGUAAUUACCAACGCGACUGAAAAUACGGAUAUAGUUAACCUCGAAACACCUGCCAUUUUGUUAACGCAACAUGCACAGUCUGAGAGUCAGAAGACGAUAACUUCUCUGAUCUUCACUGCCUUCACCGCUUCACCACCUGCACCGACCACUGUAGAAACCAGACGGACCACACCCCCGCCAAAAUCAGGAGUCAAGACAAAGUCCAGGAUAACAGGACAAAUUGCCCGAUUACGCCACCACACCACCAACUCAGACAUUCACUGGAUUCACUGCAUGCGUUAAUUUCAUUUUCACCAACUUUACACUUAAACAGCUGACUACUAGGUAAAAAGGUAAUUUUUCUCUGUUCAUUUGUUUUUUUCGGGAAUUUAACAAUACAAGGGAAAUUUUUACCCUACAAACGCCUCUAUUUAUUCUUUGAAUGAUAUUCAUAUUCUCUGAUGUUACGCAGCAGUUUUCUUGAAUUGUCAUCGAAAGUUAGGAAAAUAGUACAUUCACACCGUUAAUCGUGAAACCCGAGUAAAAUACAUUCAGGAGUGGCAUAUACACGCGGCGUACAUUUAAACGGAAAAAAUGGUGGUUUUAGCAGAACAGACUGAUGUUGAAAUGAAGAAUGCUGAUAGCCCUGCUGCUGAAGGAGAAGCAGGUGACAGCAAGAAAGAUGCUGAUCUACUUAGCAUUCAAGACAUCAGAGAGCAUGUAAGGCAAAUUGAAAAAGCAGUUCAGAACAAAGAACCCCGAUUUAUUCUUAGAGUAUUAAGAUCUAUUCCUAAUACUAGAAGAAAAUUGAAUCCUAAUGUACUGCGUGGCAUUAUAUCUGGCUUUUAUACUCAUUCAGCUGCAGAUAAAGAUGCCCUAUUGGCUUUUGUGGAAGAACCUAUGGAAACUGAGAGUUCAGGUUCCCAUCGCGUGCGAAGUGGCCGAAGCUCAGUUACUCCUCUAUUACCAGAAGUAGAUGCAUAUAUCCACUUACUUGUUCUUUUAAAAUUAAUUGACAGUCAUAAGUAUGAAGAAGCAGUUCAGUGCUCCAACCUUCUAUUGCAGAAAGUAACAGCACAGAAUCGACGUACAUUGGAUCUUGUGGCAGCCAAAUGUUACUUUUAUCAUUCCCGAAGUUAUGAAUUAACCAAUCAACUUGAAAACAUUCGGGGCAUCUUACAUUCACGGCUUCGUACAGCAACCUUGCGAAAUGAUUUCGAGGGCCAGGCUGUAUUAAUAAAUUGCUUGCUUCGAAAUUAUUUACACUACAGUUUAUAUGAUCAAGCAGAUAAACUUGUAUCAAAAUCUGUAUUUCCUGAAUCUGCCAGUAACAAUGAGUGGGCUCGAUUCUUUUACUACUUGGGCCGUAUUAAAGCAGCAAGACUUGAAUAUUCUGCUGCUCACAAGCAUUUAGUACAAGCUUUAAGGAAAGCACCUCAAAAUGCUGCUGUAGGCUUUCGUCAAACAGUGCAGAAACUUGCAGUAACUGUAGAACUUUUACUUGGAGACAUACCUGAAAGACAAAUAUUUCGCCAAGCUCCUUUGAGGAGGUCUCUUGCUCCAUACUUUCAGCUCACACAAGCUGUAAGAAUGGGUAAUUUACAGCGUUUUGGGGAAGUUUUAGAAAACUUUGGCCCUCAGUUUCGUGCUGAUCAUACAUUCACUUUGAUUCUGCGCCUUCGGCAUAAUGUUAUCAAGACUGCCAUUCGAUCUGUGGGCCUGUCAUAUUCUCGCAUAUCCCCUGCAGAUAUAGCAAAGAAACUGGGUCUUGAUUCUCCUGAAGAUGCUGAAUUCAUUGUUGCAAAGGCAAUUCGAGAUGGUGUGAUUGAAGCUACUUUAGAUCCAGAGAGGGGGUACAUGCGAAGCAAGGAAACCACAGAUAUUUACUGUACUCGUGAACCUCAACUUGCCUUUCAUCAGCGAAUUGCUUUCUGCUUGGAUCUGCAUAAUCAAAGUGUAAAGGCUAUGCGCUAUCCACCAAAAUCCUAUGGAAAAGACUUGGAAUCAGCAGAGGAAAGAAGAGAGAGAGAGCAACAAGAUAUGGAAUUAGCCAAGGAAAUGGCUGAGGAUGAUGAUGAUGGCUUUCCGUAAUAGUUUGUGACUUUUUUUCAGUGAUAUUGUCUAUCCGUAACCUGAAAUACAUUACUCAUUUGUGGACAUUUAGAAGAAAGUCUUGUGUUGUAACAUUAUUAACUAGGAUACUUAACUUUGUUUCUUUUUUUGAAUUAAGUCUUCAGAAAGUUGAAAUAUUUGUGUGGUAAUAAGUUCUUGAACACAAUUAAAAAUUAUAUAAUCUUUGAAAAGUUUUUCUUUGUUUCCCCCUUUGCUUUUCAUUUAUUACCACCUUACUACAGUUCGUAAAGAUGCAUCACAUUGUAUUCACGAUUUAAAGUGACC